AAAUAAUCCCAUAUGAAGCAUUUCUAAGAGAAACUCGUCACUGCCGCCCUAAAGAGCUACUCGCCGCCUGAACUAUUGAAAUGGCUGAAGUCCAAGCUAAGGGCGUACAGGCUGUACCUGAAUCUGUUUUAAAGAAACAGAAGAGAGCUGAUGAAUGGGCUCUUCAGAAGAGCACUGAGUUUCUCGCUAAGAAGAAGAAGAAUUCUGAGAACCGAAAGUUGAUUUUCAACAGGGCCAAGGCUUAUGCAAAGGAGUAUGAUGACCAGCAAAAGGAGUUGGUUCAAUUGAAACGUGAAGCUAGGUUGAAGGGUGGAUUCUAUGUCAACCCUGAAGCUAAGCUUCUUUUCAUCAUCCGUAUCCGUGGUAUCAACGCAAUUGACCCAAAGUCGAAGAAGAUCUUGCAGCUUCUUCGUCUUAGACAGAUCUUUAAUGGUGUAUUUCUCAAAGUGAGCAAGGCUACCUUGAACAUGCUCCACAGGGUUGAGCCAUAUGUGACUUAUGGAUACCCUAAUCUGAAGAGUGUUAGGGAGCUCAUUUACAAAAGGGGUUUUGGAAAGCUGAACCAGAGGCGAAUUGCUCUUUCUGACAACUCUGUCAUUGAACAGGGUUUGGGGAAACAUGAUAUUAUCUGCAUGGAGGAUCUUGUUCAUGAGAUAUUGACUGUCGGCCCUAGCUUCAAGCAGGCUAACAACUUCCUAUGGCCAUUCCAGCUAAAGGCACCAUUGGGCGGCAUGAAGAAGAAGAGAAACCACUAUGUUGAAGGUGGUGAUGCUGGAAAUCGUGAAGAUUUCAUCAAUCAACUCAUCAGGAGGAUGAAUUAGGGUUGUUUUUGAUUUAGAAGAUGAAUUACUACUACCAGUUUAUUCUGUGUUUCUUUUUGUUUUGGACAAGUUUGAUUUUCUUGCUUUUAGCGGCGAAUUUGAUGAUGAAACAUGGGUUUUCUUUUUGUAAGAUUUUGAUUAUCAAUAUGUUGGAUUUUCAUUCUUAUCAUUAUUAUUUCGGUUUUCAAAUUCAA